AUGUCAAUGCUAGAAACCCAAGUUCACAACCAACAGUCUCUUCCCAUUUUCUUCAACCCCAGUUCUGAUUUUGGGGCCGGCGGUUUGUUUCUCGAACCCUCAAUUCCCGAUUCCUUCGUUCGUUUCAUUUCUUUACGGCUUCCCGCCGUUGCUUCUUCUGAACCAAUUCUUCACCGCCGGCAACGGAAAAGGGGUCCGCCGGUUGGGUGCUUUUUGUCUGUGAGCUUGCCGAGUAGUACUACUACUCUUCCUGUCGAUCCCAAACCGUACGUAUUGCAAAAUGGUGAACACGUCUCCCAUAAGGAGACAACUGCCGCCGACGGUGUCGUUUUGCCUAAAAAGGUUAGGGCAAGAGAGCGCGGUGCUAUCAAUAAUACCACUAAGCAUCUUUGGUCUGGUGCUAUAUCUGCCAUGGUUUCUAGAACCUGUGUUGCUCCACUUGAAAGACUUAAGCUGGAGUAUAUGGUUCGUGGUGAGAAGAGGAAUAUCUUUGAGGUUAUUAAAUCAAUUGCUACUUCUCAAGGGUUCAGAGGUUUUUGGAAAGGGAACCUUCUAAAUAUUCUGCGGACGGCUCCGUUUAAAGCUGUUAAUUUUAGCGCGUAUGAUACUUAUCGAAAACAGCUACUUAGAUUCUCUGGAAAUGAAGAAACUACCAAUUUUGAAAGGUUUAUUGCGGGUGCUGCUGCUGGGCUCACUGCUACUAUUAUUUGCCUACCACUUGACACUAUUCGGACCAAGAUAGUGGCACCUGGCGGUGAAACUUUGGGUGGUGUAAUUGGUGCUUUCCAACACAUGAUACGAACUGAAGGCAUCUUUUCUCUAUACAAGGGUCUAGUACCGUCACUUAUAAGCAUGGCUCCUUCUAGUGCUGUUUUUUAUGGUGUAUAUGAUAUGCUAAAAUCAUCUUAUCUGCAUUCACCCGAAGGAAUGCAAAGAAUCCAGAAUUUGCAUAAACAGGGUCAGGAACUGAGUGCCUUUGAUCAGCUUGAGUUGGGGCCAGUAAGGACAUUGUUGUAUGGGGCUAUUGCUGGUGCAUGUGCAGAAGCUGCUACGUACCCGUUCGAAGUUGUGAGAAGGCAGCUUCAAUUGCAAGUCCAGUCUACUAAAUUAAGUUCUUUAGCAACUUUUGUCAAAAUAGUGGAACAAGGAGGCGUUUCAGCCCUCUAUGCUGGACUUGUUCCCAGCUUAUUACAGGUGCUUCCUUCAGCAUCAAUUAGUUACUUUGUGUAUGAGUUCAUGAAGAUUGUCCUCAAAGUAGAGUGA